AAAUGCAUGCUGAAAGUUUGGAAUCUAAUGUUUACUUUCACAUAACAAAUGUGUAGGUCAAUAUCAAUACUACUUGUUAUAAACUGUCUACAGUUUCAUGUUAUAUAUAAUCUUUAUAAUUUCUUAUCUUUUUUAUUGAAUUACAUUCUUGAUUGUAUUCUUUGUAUUCUUUAUUAUAUGUAUUCAAAUUCUUUUGAACAAAAAGUGGAGAAAGAAGCAAAAGCCAAGGACAUUCAUUAGUGUUUUUGUGGAUACUUAGAACUUUUUUGUACUCUUUGAACAAUUUUGUGAACAAUAAUAGAGGUGGGAAUUAAGGGAGAAGUGUAAUACAAUGAGUUUUCUAACAGGAGCACCAAAAAAUUCAUGGCAACCAGCUAUGACAGUUGAUACAACAACAUCAAGUUACUGGUUGAAUUGGAGAGUUACACUAUGCUCCAUUUGGAUAUUUGCUUCAAUGGUUUUUGCAGCCAUUCUCAUAACAAAGUACGAAGGUCCUCGCGGUUCAAGAAAUAGGAGCAGAGAACAGCAGGACAAAGAACCUCCGGGCCUGUUGUAUGAAGAUGAAGUUUGGAAACCAUGUCUUAAAACUAUACAUCCUGGUUGGCUUCUUGGAUAUAGAGUUGUCGCGUUUUUAAUACUCUUGUUGUUGCUAAUAAUGAAUGUUGCUGCUGAUGGAGGGGAACUCUUUUACUACUAUACACAGUGGACAUUCACAUUGAUUACAAUUUAUUUUGGGCUUGGAUCUGUGCUCUCAAUGUAUGGAUGUUACCAGUAUCACAAUAAGGUUGGUGGUGCUGGAAUUGACGAGAGGCAAGAUGCUGAGUAUGGUUCGCGAAGAUUGUCUAUGAAUGUAGAAAACAGCAGCAGCUCAAACGUAAAACAAGUAGGGGAAAAUGCAGAACAGAGUUCUCGACAAAUUGCUGACUUCUGGGGAUAUGUUUUCCAGAUAAUUUUUCAGAUGAAUGCAGGUGCAGUAACUCUUACUGACUGCGUCUUCUGGUUCAUACUUGUUCCUUUUCUGACCAUUAGAGGCUACAAUCUAAAUUUUUGGAUUAUAAACAUGCAUUCGAUCAAUGUAGUGUUUCUACUUGGUGAUACAGCUCUAAAUUGCUUGCGGUUCCCUUGGUUUCGAAUUGGAUAUUUCUUUAUGUGGACAGCAGUUUAUGUUGUUUUUCAAUGGGCAGUCCAUGCCUGUAUCUCAAUAUGGUGGCCUUAUCCAUUUCUUGAUCUGUCUUCUUCAUUUUCUCCCCUGUGGUAUUCAUCGGUGGCGGUGAUGCACAUACCAUGCUAUGGUAUUUUUGUUUUGGUCAUGAAGCUGAAACACCAUUUGUUAAAGAAAUGGUUUCCUCACUCUUAUCAGUGUGCAAAAUGAUGCUAAGCAAGGGAUACUUUUUUAUGUUGUAAUGACAGUUAUAGUCCAAAUAGCAGAUGAGGCAAUUUGAGUUCAUUUUUUGAACACAACAUGGAUGUUUGGUUCUCGAGAGGUUAUACAAAGAUGAAUAGAGGGAUAGAGUUUUGGGUUUGCAAGUUAUACAUGUAGACUAAAUAUGAAGGAACAGAUAUCUAUUGUUCAUAUAAUGUAUUGUUCAAUAAUAUAUGCAACAAGUUUAGACA